ACGUUACCUUCUAUGACCCUUGUCCUGGGGUCCUGGCUCGCUCGCCUGUGUCCGCCUGCGAUGACGUAAUAGGACAUUAUGACGUAACUCCUGACCCUGCGUCGUAACCCAAAGUCCUGAUCGAGGGUGGCUGAAGUCACCUCGAGGCCUCAUUGGCUGUCGACACCGCUCCAGAAUGGCCUCACCCCGUCGGGGAAAGUGCUCUUCGCCCCGAGGGGAAACGACCCGCUGUAAAGAGACUUCGACGGUCCGCGUGGAGACAUCGUCUCACCGCGUGGAGACAUCCUCUGUGCAGGUGCGAUCGUCUUCGCAGCAAGUGGAGACCUCCCAGCGCCGCAGCGAGGGGCCCUCCGUGACCCCCUCCGGGAAACGGCUCCCCCGCGUCCUCGAGGUGACCUCCCGGCACGUGGAAACCUCCUCGGAGCGCGCGGAAACGGCCUCCCGCCACGUGCGGACCUCGACUCUGCACGUGGAGACAUCGCUGCACCGCACGGAGAGCCCAGGCCGCAGGGACAAGCCCGCGAGCCGCCAGAACGUGAAAAUGGCCCCGUGAAAUGCUCCCCGGAGGCCGGGGGACAGCCGGGGACGAAUUUCCUCCAGCUUCUAGCCACUCAGCUGCCUGGUGGCCCGGUUGUCUUUGGCUUCAUGGAAGAAGUCCGUUAAAUCACAUCUAAGGAAGGGCCCAGCUCGGGCUUUCUGGACUCAGCCAACGGUUCCUGGCCACACCAUUGCACCUUGGGCCAUCCUAUCUUGGAUCCAGUGAGGGUUUUAGCUCGAAACUAACCCCAAACGUUUCCAGGCCCAUGUAGCCGUGUCAGUUGGAUUGGAUGGACAAGCGAGACUGAGCUUCUGAGCCAGGUGAGUUUUGGAUUUGAUAGCAAGACCUUCACAGCGUCAAGCUGACGGAACAGGGACCAACCUGGAAGGGAUGGUGACCUGCUCAGAACCGGAGAGGCAAGGGACAGGCGUCCAUCCACAAGCUAAUUAAUGGGCCUUUGUUUACGUUUCCAAAUAGCAAGCUAAUUGUUUUCUUUGUGCUAAAUGCUUAUAGAUGGCAUCCCUGACCACACACUUUUUAAUGUAGCUGAAAAAGUAGGUCAAAUGUAGUAAAAGCUGAAGGGAACCAGCAGGAAAAAUCAAUAGGCAUCCUAGAAGGGCAGUGGGAAGAGGCUUUGAAACCUGACUUGCUUCCCUGCUCUGUGCCAGGCACUAUUUUAAGCACUGGGCUGUAGCAGGUAACAAGGCCUCUGCUCUCACGAACUUUCUGCUAGUUUUCAUCCUCUCUGCUCCAACUCCUGGCACCCCCGUGCACCAGGAACAAGCUGCUUCCUGAUCCUUGGCCAUCUCCGUUCACAAUCUUCUCGUCCAGCGCUGUGUCGUCAGACAAUGUACUGCUGAUCCACAGGGUUUUCACUGGCUAAUUCUCUGCGGUCCAUCACCCUGCCUUCCUUCAUAGUCUGUUUCGCUGCAAGAGCUCUGCUGAAACCUGCCUACCACAGGUGACAUGGCUGGUAUUUUCAAUACUGGUGUCCCCAGCUCCCAGCCUGAUACCAACAGACAACCCCCCAUGGAGGGACUAACCUAUAGACAUUGGUCAUGGAGUUUGCACCCCAAGAGUCAGGCAACAAACAACAAGGCAGUGUCCUAUUGUGGUUAGCACUCUGAAGGAGACAGAUGAGCCGUGUAAUCAGAAAACAAGGGUAAGAAGGUGAUUUAGAUGGGUUGACCAAAGCCUUGCUGUGGAGGAAACAUUUGAUCUGAGAUUUGCUUUUUAGAUAACCCUGUGUUUACCUUGGGGAUGCUGACUCAUGGCAACCCUCUAGGGCAAGGUAGAACUGCCUGCUGUGAGUUUCCACGACUGUACCUUUUUAUGGAAGUAGAAAGCCUUGUCUUUCUCCUUCGGAUAGACUGAUGGUUUUCUGUCAAUUCUGUUUAGGAGCCCAAUAUGUAAACCACUAGGGCUCACCAUGAGUUAGCAUCAGUUCAAGGGCAGUGAGUUUGGUUUGGCGUUUACCUUGAUUACGAAGUACAAUACUCUGUCCCUAUCAGGGCUUGUAAAUUUGAAAAGAGGCUUUGAUUCUCUACGGAGGUGAUGUAGGUUCCAAGACAGACACCUGCCAACCGUACCUAGAGGCAGAAUCUUUUAUAUGGUGGAAAGAUUGGUAAAUAAGCACAAGUAAGCCUAAACUUAUCUUGUUUAUUGAAUAAUCUAACGCUGAUGUACAAAGAUCUGGGAAGGAUGCAUUGUUGGUUGAGAGAACAGCAAAAAGAGUUGGGUGAGGACAAGCUUGGAAAGUUUGAGGUGCAGAAAGAACACUGUGUGACUGGAAUUUGGAAAGUGAGGGGAGAC